GCUUCUGGAAGGAAGCUCCAUGGAGCUGAACGUCUGGGCUUACGGGAGGAAUAAAAAAAGGUAAACCAACGGCUGGAGAGUGUUUCCUAGCCGAAGGAGGGGAGAAACGGGAGAGUGACGCCUCUGAACUGGAUGUUGAAGACCGGGAAACGGUCGUCAGUUUACACGACACGAAGAACUACGUGUGUGUGUGUGUGCGCGUGUGUGAGUGUGUGUGUAUACGUGCGUCCCCGAGAACACGAAAGUAACCCGCGGCUGGUCGGGAUGUGAACCACCUGGAUCAGCACCGUAACCUGAGCCCGUUCACAGGCUCUGCUCGGGGCAUUUAUCUCCCCUGUGAGCCCGAACCUGGUCGUUAGUCGGCAGGGAAGAGGAGGAGGAGGAGGAGGAAGGGGAGGAGGACAGACUCACCGGCGGAGGAGUUUACGAGAAUGUUUGACAACCGCGGACGAUUUGAUUUCUGACACCGGGAGACCCGUCGUGGAAAGGCGGGGCCGAACCAAACCGGUGGACUCCACCAAACUGGAUUAGUCGAUUCACCCAUACAGCGACGCAGCGGGUUUUCCUCUGUUUUUUGGGUGGGGGGGUAAACCGGGGGCAGGGGGGGUCGAUGAAAGGAGGCAACAACUAGGAUUUCAAAAACUGUCUUAUUUUUUGGCAACUCUUUCCCUAAAAGGACUACUGUUUCUAACGAGGCGGGCGGUGUUUGUCAUUCCUACGGAGCGGUCAGUUUUUUUUUUUUUGCCCCCCCCGUGGCCUUCCAUUUAGGAACAUAAGCAGUUUGGGCUGAAUUUUAUUAUUUUUUAUUUUUGCGGAGGGAGGGGGAGUUAAUUCCCCCCCCACCCCCACCCAGCCGGGGUCGGACUAUGGCGGACGACGACAUUCUCUUUGAAGAUGUGUAUGAGCUCUGCGAGGUCAUCGGCAAGGGUCCCUUCAGCGUGGUGAGAAGAUGCAUCAACAGAGAGACGGGGCAGCAGUUUGCUGUCAAGAUUGUGGACGUGGCCCAGUUCACCUCCAGUCCUGGACUCAGCACAGAGGAUCUGAAACGGGAGGCCAGCAUCUGCCACAUGCUGAAGCACCCUCACAUCGUGGAGCUGCUGGAGACGUACAGUUCGGACGGGAUGCUCUACAUGGUUUUCGAGUUUAUGGAUGGAGCAGACCUGUGUUUUGAGAUUGUGAAGAGGGCAGAUGCUGGCUUUGUCUACAGCGAAGCAGUGGCCAGCCACUACAUGAGACAGAUCCUGGAGGCGCUACGCUACUGCCACGACAACAAUGUCAUCCACCGAGAUGUCAAGCCUCACUGUGUGCUGCUGGCGUCCAAAGAGAACUCGGCUCCAGUGAAGCUGGGGGGCUUCGGAGUGGCCAUCCAGCUCGGAGAGUCGGGUCUGGUGGCAGGAGGUCGCGUAGGAACUCCUCACUUCAUGGCCCCGGAGGUGGUGAAGAGAGAGCCGUACGGCAAACCUGUAGACGUAUGGGGAUGCGGAGUCAUCCUCUUCAUCCUCCUCUCCGGGUGUCUUCCUUUUUACGGCACCAAGGAGCGACUGUUUGAAGCUAUCUGCAGGGGCAAAUACAAGAUGAAUCCCCGUCAGUGGGGCCACAUCUCAGAAAGCGCUAAGGAUCUGGUGAGGCGCAUGCUGAUGCUGGACCCUGCUGAGAGAAUCACCGUCUACGAGGCUCUUAACCACCCCUGGCUUAAGGAGAGGGACCGGUAUGCCUACAAAAUCCACCUGCCAGAGACCGUGGAGCAGCUGAGAAAGUUCAACGCCAGGAGGAAGCUAAAGGGGGCUGUGUUGGCUGCGGUGUCAAGUCACAAGUUCAACUCCUUCUACGGAGACCCCCCUGAGGAACUCAACGAUUUCUCUGAUGACCCCACCUCCUCAGGACUACUAGCAGCAGAACGUGCUGUGUCUCAGGUGUUGGACAGUUUGGAGGAGAUCCACGCUCUGACGGACUGCAGUGAAAAGGACCUAGACUUCCUCCACAGCGUUUUCCAGGACCAGCACCUCCACACACUGCUGGACCUCUACGAUAAGAUCAACACCAAUUCGUCUCCACAGAUCAGAAACCCUCCCAGUGAUGCUGUGCAGAGAGCCAAAGAGAGUUCCUCCCAAGACGGAGCAACUGGCGCUUUGAAACAUCUGGAAUAUGUACUGGAAGAGAUCUCCUGCUAUCCAGAAAACCACGAAGCUAAAGAACUCAGACGGAUACUGACCCAGCCACAUUUCAUGGCCUUGCUGCAGGCCCACGACGUGGUGGCCCACGAGGUUUACAGCGACGAGGCUCUGCGGGUGACCCCUCCACCCACCUCGCCCUACCUGAACGGAGACUCCCCAGAGAGCGCCAACGGAGACAUGGACCUGGAGAACGUCACCAGAGUCCGCCUGGUCCAGUUCCAGAAGAACACGGACGAACCCAUGGGCAUCACGCUGAAGAUGAACGACUCCAACCACUGCAUCGUUGCAAGGAUAAUGCAUGGAGGAAUGAUCCACAGACAAGGAACAUUGCACGUUGGAGAUGAGAUCAGGGAAAUCAACGGCAUCAGUGUCGCCAAUCAGACUGUUGAGCAGCUGCAGAAGAUGCUGAGGGAAAUGCGAGGCAGCAUCACCUUCAAAAUUGUACCAAGUUAUCGCACCCAGGGCUCCUCGUGUGAGAAAGAGUCCCCCACCACCUCCAGGCAGUCCCCUGCCAAUGGCCACUCCAGCAUUAACAGUUCUAUCUUGGACCUGCCGUCCACCAUCCAGCCCAAAGGUCGACAGAUUGUAUCAAGACCUCCAAUCAAGGACAAAAUGUCAGUUAAGAUCUACGUGAGGGCCCAGUUUGAAUACGACCCCUCCAAAGACGAACUCAUCCCCUGCAAAGAAGCGGGCAUUCGCUUCCGUGUGGGUGACAUUAUCCAGAUCAUAUCCAAGGAUGACCACAACUGGUGGCAGGGCAAGCUGGAAAACACUAAAAAUGGCACCGCAGGCCUCAUUCCAUCACCAGAGCUGCAGGAGUGGCGAGUGGCAUGCAUCGCUAUGGAGAAGACCAAGCAGGAGCAGCAGGCCAGCUGCACCUGGUUUGGCAAGAAGAAGAAACAGUACAAAGACAAGUAUCUGGCAAAGCACAACGCAGUGUUCGACCAACUAGAUCUGGUCACGUACGAGGAGGUCGUGAAGCUUCCGGCGUUCAAGAGGAAAACACUCGUUCUGUUAGGAGCUCAUGGAGUCGGCAGAAGACACAUCAAGAACACACUCAUAACCAAACAUCCUGACAGAUUCGCUUACCCCAUCCCACACACAACCAGACCUCCGAAGAAGGAUGAGGAGAACGGGAAGAACUACUACUUCGUUUCACACGACCAUAUGAUGCAGGACAUCAGCAACAACGAGUACCUGGAGUACGGCAGCCACGAGGACGCCAUGUACGGGACGCGACUGGAAACCAUCCGGAAGAUCCACCAGCAGGGACUCGUGGCUAUACUGGAUGUAGAACCUCAGGCCCUGAAGGUCCUGCGGACAGCGGAGUUCGCCCCGUAUGUCGUGUUUAUAGCAGCACCAACCAUCACACCAGGCAUCAAUGAGGAUGAAUCUCUCCAGCGGCUGCAGAAAGAGUCGGAGAUCCUGCAGAAGACGUACGCCCACUACUUCGACCAGACCAUCAUCAACAACGAGAUCGACGAGACCAUCAAACACCUGGAGGAUUCCAUCGAACUGGUGUGCACCACCAGCCAGUGGGUCCCUGUGUCCUGGGUCUACUGACCUGUGCCACCCCAGCCUCCUCCUCCUCCUUCAUAUUUACUCUCUCUCUCUCUUUGCUACUCCUCCUCCUCAAAACGAGAUGAAACUGUUAACACAAACAAAGCCCCUCUCUCUCUCUCUCUCUCUCUCUCUCUCUCUCUCUCUCUCUCUCUCUCUCGCUCUCUCUCACUCACUCUCUCUCUCUCUACACUGCACUUGAUCUCAGCGUUACUGUGAAAGCCACCACAGCAUUCAACCGAACUCCUCCAGUGCUGCACCAACAACCUGCAGCAGCAAACUGCCGGACUCUCGCCCCCUUGCAGACAACCUAGUGAUAGUGUUAUAUUAAAAAAAAAAAAAAAACGUGGAUAUUGUCAUGUCUGUAGCUAGGAGGCAACAUUUUCGUAGAUGUUUGUUUUAAAGAGACAGUACUGCAUCCCGUCCUCUCAUGCUGGUGCGCUGCUAGCUCUCUACCACCGCCGCCACGCUCCCUUCAUACUGUAGUCCCAUUGGUUGUCGUAACCCACCUGUAAAGAAACACUCGGUGAUAUUCUGUCUAAAAAGCACACUGCGAUGUUUUCCCAUCUGUAGAUCAUGUCAUUAUUUAUUUGUUUGUUUCUCAAGCAUAAAUCCUGCAUCACGUCCUCUCAUCCAUCCUAGCGUUAGCCCUCGUACUCGCACACCUCUCAACCCGCCAGGUACUGUCUCUUCUAAAUAAAUCCAUAAAUGUUUUAGAGAUUUGAAUGAGGUUAUCAUGCAUGUGGACAUUUGCAAGCUUCCAUGCUGUCAGUCGGUCAGUGUCCCCCCCCCUCCCUGUGUCCCACUCUUGAAAAAGAAAACAAGACAAUAUAUAUAUAUAUACACACACACACACAUAUAUAUAUACAUAUAUUGAGGAAGAAUAUGUUAAAAGAAGAUGAAAAACAUUCCAGCUGUGUGGAAGCCUGAACUCAAAUAAAGAAACAGUGACGGAGCUGUGGACGUUGACCUGACACCUAUGCACAUCCCUUGCAUUUCGGGUGACAUUUCUAAGGAAAAAAUAAAUAAAUAAAUAAUUAAAAAAAAAAA